AUGGUACGUUUGGCUAACGCUGAAGAUGACCUUCUACGAGAAAUCGCUUUUACAAGACGCUUUGAGAAUAGAAGACCAGAAGCUCCUAUUGAUCUUGAAACUCGGAUCUGUAACAAUUGUAAUAUAACAAUACGCCGUGAAAUUCAAAUGUUACAGGCUGAUCCCAAUUGCACUCGACUCAAUGUUCUUUCUCAUCGUACUAAUAAUGAAUGUUUGGUGUGCCAUAGACGUAUUAACAUUCACAGAUUAAGUUUGCAAUCCAGAGUUCAUAUUUUUGUAGAGCGAAACAUUUAUGUGCCAGCAAGAUACUGUUGCUGUAAUGAGCAUUUGGAUGAAAAGGGUUUAUUACCACUCAAUAUUAUUGAAGAUUUCAGGUUCAUUAAUAGACCAUACAUUUUGAAUGGUCCAGAAUUACAAUCAUUUGUUCAAGCGAUGCGUGAAGAAAUUGUGCAUAGCCCUGUACGCAGAUAUGAAGAUGAACGCACUUUAACAGAUGAACAAUUUGCAGCUAUUUCUCCUAUUUCAAAAGAUAACUUUAAUGAUCUUUUCACAUACUCUGAUCCUGUCAUCGUUCCAGGUGGCCAUCGUUAUGUGUCUAAAAAAGACCUUCUAUGUUUCCUGUGUAAGUUAAAACAGGGUCUUUCGGAUGAAUUUUUAUGGGUAAUGUUCCAUUAUUCUUCAAGGCAAGCUACGAGUUUAGCAAUCAGUACAGUUCGACAAUCGUUGAUGACGAGAUUUGUAGAUGAGAACAUAGGGUUUGGAUCAAUAACAAGGGAGGAAUACAUAGAAAGACAUAUAACACCAUUUGCAAAUCGUUUGUAUAAUGCCACACCUGAAGAACCGACGGCAAUUGUGUACAAUGAUUGUACUUAUCUAAAUAUUGAGAAGAGUUCUUGUUUUAAAGCCUUGCGUCAAUCGUUUUGUGUUCAUAAGAACAGACAUUUAUUAAAACCUGCCAUGUUUGUAGCUCCAGAUGGAUAUAUACUUGAUAUUCAAGGACCUUAUUUUUCGAAUGCGGCUAACAAUGAUGCCAGAAUCCUUUCAAAAGAGUUCCAAAUGGAUGUUGACGGAAUGCAAAGAUGGUUUAGAGCACAAGACAUUUUCAUACUGGAUCGCGGAUACCGAGACGCCAUUCCUAUUUUAACGGAUAUUGGCUUAGUUACAUUGAUGCCACCUUUACUUGAUCGUAAUCAAGCUCAGUUCUCAACAGAAGAUGCCAACCAAGCUCGAAUCAUCACAAAAACUAGAUGGAUCGUGGAAGCCAGAAAUGGCCAUCUGAAAAGUUUAUUUAAAUUCUUUGCAAACGUUAUUCCUACGUCUCAUAUUCCCAACUUGACUGAUUUUCUGCGUAUAGCCGGUGCUAUAAUAAAUAAAUAUCAUAGAAUAAUUAUGAUGCCUGAUGCAAACGUAGAAUUAGCUGAACAGAUGUUAAAUAAAGUUAACGAGCUCAAUCUAGUGCAAGCUCGAGUAGAAGUUGAAGGUCUUCAACGAAGACGAGGUCGAUGGGAUAACCUAACUGCAAUGCAUGUGCCACUGUUUCCGAAUUUGACUUUGGAAUAUUUACGAGGAUUAACUUAUGGAACUUAUCAAGUUGGGCUGGCACCUUCAUACGUUCAGGAUUCUUCUUUAAGGGCUGAGUUGGAAAAUGAAGAAGAAAUCGGAGAAGACGAACAAACCUUUGAAAUCGAUCGGAAUACCAAUGAACCAGGUUUUAUGAGAAUAAGAAUUUCCUCUAGAUUCAGAAAUGCUACGAAACAUCAAGUAUGGAUAGCAUUUAAUGAGGAGUAUAAUCAAGAGCAAGAUGUUGCAAAUGAAGGAGAACCUAUUUUUGGUUACUACUGUACAUGCAAGGCUGGAGCAAGAACUCUUGGAACUUGCGCCCAUGUAGCAACUAUUCUUUGGUAUUUGGGAUACGCUCGACAUGAAAAUCAGGUGCACUAUCCAUCGCUCAGAUUUUUGCGAAGCGUACAAGAUGCACAGAUGGAUAUUGAUCAAUUAAUUGAAAUAAUAGAUCCUCUCGGUUAA